AUGGGCUUGACCAUGGAUCUCGACCCGUCGUCAGCCCCUCCCGCCGUUCUGGGGCACAACGCCGCUAGACAGGCAAUCCCCUCACAUCAAGAAGGAGCUAAACCCGACCACAUGGUGACGAGACCCAAGCCGGCCCCUCCAGUCGGCAUUCCAUCACGAACCGACAAGCGCGGCGCAGCGGCCGGCAGUGAAGUCGACAACUGCCUCCUGGGCAGCGCUGGCUGGGGUUCGGUCGCAUCGAUAUUGCCGAGCAGCCUGUGUGUGCCAGCCAACCAGAUUGAGAAUAGCUUCGCGCGCAGGACGCGCUGUGCUGGGGAGGGGCAUCCAACGGAGAAAUCACGGGCUGUCACUCCGCGAGCCCUCGGACUGAGCGGAAUAGUGAAUAUAGACGAGUGGGAUGAUGUUGGUGACUCGGUGUUCGUGUUAAUCAAUGCAGGAGAACAAACAGGAGCAACAGCACGGCAUCCAGACAAUGCGAUACUUGGUCGCGAGCGCGCGGCGUAGCAUCGCCACCUGCGGACUGAACCAAGUGGUGUCGCCGUCGUUGGACCAAGAGGGGCACAAGAAUGUGUGG